AUGGCAUACUUAUACGCUCCAUGGCUCUUGUUCACUCAAAUCCUACUAAAAGUAGCAAAGUAUGAGGCUAAAGUUCCAGCUAUUAUUGUGUUUGGAGACUCAUCUGUGGACUCAGGAAACAACAACAGGAUCUCUACACUUCUGAAGAGUAAUUUCAAGCCAUAUGGGCGUGACUUUGCUGGUGGGCAGCCCACAGGAAGGUUCUCGAAUGGUCGAGUUCCUCCAGAUUUCAUCUCUGAGGCUUUUGGGCUCAAACCAUCUGUUCCUGCCUACUUGGACCCCAAAUAUGGGAUAUCAGAUUUUGCCACUGGUGUUUGCUUUGCUUCUGCUGGAACUGGCUAUGACACUGCAACUUCUGAUGUACUAAAUGUGAUACCUCUGUGGAAAGAAGUGGAGUACUAUAAGGAGUACCAGAACAAAUUGAGAGCCUAUCUUGGCAAGGCCAAGGCAAAGAAAAUUUUGACAGAGGCUUUAUAUUUGAUAAGCUUAGGAACAAAUGACUUCCUGGAAAACUACUACACAAUACCCACCCGGCAAAUGGAAUUCACAGUCCAACAGUAUGAGGAUUUCCUUAUUGGACUUUCUGAAAAUUUCAUCAGGGAAAUCUACAGUCUUGGGGUCAGAAAAAUCUCUCUAACUGGGCUUCCUCCAAUGGGGUGUCUGCCAUUAGAGAGAGCCAGAAAUUUCAUGGCUAAUCAUGAUUGUGUGCAGGAACAUAACAAUGUGGCUGUGGAAUUUAAUGGGAAGUUGAGCAAUAUGGUGGCAAAGCUGAAUCAAGAGCUUCCAGGCCUUAGAAUUCUGUUUACAGACAAAAUAUAUCAGCUGUUCUAUCAAAUCAUUAAAAGGCCUUCCUCAUAUGGAUUUGAGGUUGCUGAGGUGGCAUGCUGUGCUACUGGGACAUUCGAAAUGAGCUACCUCUGCAAUGAGAAUAACCCAUAUACAUGCAAAGAUGCAAAUAAGUACGUAUUCUGGGAUGCCUUCCAUCCUACGGACAAAACAAAUAAGAUUCUUGCAGCCUCUGUGAUUGGCAUUCUUCGAGAAACCUUCAAGUGA